AUGACCCAGCAAGCCGCCGAUCCCAAGGUCCGCGCCGCCGAAGAAAAGGCCCAUUUUGAACAGACCUUCGAGGUCAUCCUCAAGGACAUCCUGGACGAGCUCCCUAGCUACCGCCUUCCCGAGAACGGCCGGGAGUGGAUUGAGAACAUGCUCAAGUACACCGUCGUCGGGGGCAAGAUGAACCGCGGCCUCACCGUACCUUCGGCCCUGCGAUCGCUCAAGGGCCGCGAGCUCACUGCCGAUGAGCUGCUCAAGGCCGAAGUCCUGGGCUGGUGCAUCGAGCUGCUCCAAGGCUUCUUCCUGAUUGCCGAUGACAUCAUGGACUCGUCCGUCACCCGCCGCGGCCAGCCGUGCUGGUACCGUGUCAAGGAGGUCGGCAUGAUCGCCAUCAACGACUCGUUCAUUGUCGAGUCGGUCAUCUACAGACUGCUCAAGAAGUACUUCCGUGCCGAGCCCUACUACGUCCACCUCAUCGAGCUCUUCCACGAGACGACCUACCAGACCGAGCUGGGCCAGCUCAUGGAUCUGAUCACCGCCCCUGAGGACAAUGUCGAUCUGAACCGCUUCUCGAUCGACAAGCACGCCUACAUUGUCGAGUUCAAGACGGCCUACUACUCGUUCUAUCUGCCCAUUGCUCUUUCCAUGUACCAGCAUGGCCUGACCAAUGAGGCUGUUUUCCAGCAGGCCAAGAACGUUCUUCUGCCGCUCGGCGAGUAUUUCCAGGUCCAGGAUGACUUUUUGGACUGCUAUGGCGACCCCAAGGUCAUUGGCAAGAUUGGCACCGACAUUGAGGAUAACAAGUGCUCGUGGCUCAUCAACCAGGCCCUGGCCAUCGCCAGCGCCGAACAGCGCCAGGUUCUCGACAACCACUAUGGUCGUCGCGAUGCCGAGUCGGUCAAGAUCGUCAAAGGCAUCUACACCGAUCUCAGCAUCAAGGAGAUCUACGGCCGGUACGAGGAAGACAGCUACAAGCGCAUCUCGGCGCUGAUUGAGCAGAUCGAUGAGAGCCAGCUCCCUCGCGAGAUGUUUGUCAACUUCAUGAACCGCAUCUACAAGCGCAAGUUGUAA